AUUUUACAUUUUGAAACAGCAACUUGCACUGCCGUGAGGAUGAUAAGUCUAGCGGUAGGCGAUUUUGAGCUCCUCUUGGGGGAAUACCCCCGGUAUCACAUGAUGGACUUUGUGUGGAUGAAUAUUCAAAUGCCUCCGCUUGCACCUCAAGACCUUUUUCCCUCCAAGGCGUUACGAAACGCACCUCCAAGAGUCUUUGCUCUCUUUCAAACGAGUUGGGAUAGGACUUCAGAUUUUCGUUUGAAUCCCACGAAUUGCACUCCAUCCAUCCACAUCGGUUCAAGGGGUACAUUAGUCAAAACAGCCGCGCCACCACGGCAUCGGCAGGCGCUCCACUUUGUUGAACGUGGUACAGCCGUACCGGUACAGCGAACCCCAGUUCCACGAUUCUUCAUACAACCAUACUCCUAGCCAGCCGCAUGGACGCUAACGAAGAGCAGCCGUGUUGGAAGCAACAGCUAGCUAGAUUGUUGACAUACAAAACAUCCAUUCAUCGACAUGGAGAGCCACCAUGUUGGAGCAGACGAGCCCAUGGUAAUGGACAGCAGCACGAAUGGUGAAGAGCGUCAUGAUAGCCAGGGAGGCGCAAGCGUCCACAACAACUCGGACACCACCGAGACUGUGUCCAUCCUUGAGCGAACCAAUUCGGCACAACAAGAUCAAAUCAAAGGGCUGCAACGGGAACUGAACGAGUUGCGAGUACAGCGUGGUGAAGAAGUCUAUUGGUUGCGGCUGGAGUUGGAUUCGUCGCGACGAGAUAAGGAAGCUGUAGAGGAUAGAAUGUCGGAACUCUACCGUGAGAUGCAAGAGCUUUUGGAAGCUCCUAUCGACAAGAACGAAGGAGCUGAGGCAAACAAUGGGACGGUGAAGGAAGUUUGCACUGAACCGGACUACGUCAGCGCCCUCCAGGAUCGCCUUACAGCAUAUGAACGCUCUGUCGAGAUAUUGAACCGCCAGAUUGAGAUGAUCAAGACGUCUUCGGACGUUGUUGUGGCCAGCAUGAAACAAGAGGUCACAGACCUUAUGGAAGAGAAAACGAUAAUGGAACGAGACAUGUUGAAUCAACUCUCAAGCUUGGACAAUGACAAACGAAAAGUGGAAGUGGAACUAGCAGCUUCCCGGGCAGCCAAGCACUCAACAGUUAACGGUACAGCACAAAUAAUGCCCACGCAAAGCACUGACGUUGACACGGGUGUUGAAGCACUCGAUGAAGAUAUUGAAAACUCCAACAAACUCCCGGAAGCUUUCAACGUUACACCAGCCAAGGGGGUACACGAGGAGUCCUUUCGCUCCACGGCAACAACUCAGGUGUCAUCGUUUGUGGUUGAUGGGUCUCAUCAUCCAGCCAGCUUCUUUUUCAAGGAGCAUGAUGAAGAUUCUAAAGUGCAGCUCCUCCUUGAAAAGUCCCGCGAAGAAGUCGAAAGGUGGAAGGAGGAGGCCGAGACUUCCACAAUGGACAACAUCAAGCUCAAAGGUAAACUGGAUGAAGUGACGAAGGAACUCAUGUUCACCAGGUCGUCCGCAAAUGUAGCUCUGGCAUUGGACAGGAUUGAAACCGACAGAGCAGAGACUUUGGCUCAGCUCGACCGCAUCACUGUUCUGUGGGACCGAGCAGACAGUACUAUUCAAGUCAUGGAGGGCCUAUUGUCAGAGUUUCAACCAAAGUCAGGCCAACCAGAGGACAACCCCACACUCCAGAAUGACCGAGACAGACUGCUAUCAACCCUGGAAACCGCUACGCUAGUCCAUGGUCAGAUCAAGAUGUCAUUGAUGCUCAUCGAGCUGUCCUUGCGCAACCACUUGACAUGUAUCCAAAACGACAACCUGCACAUGCCACGCAGCGAGCAAAUAGUGAGCCGGUUGGAAGACGUUCGCUCUGAAACGUUGUCUGCCAUUGCAGCAGCGGAAGACAAGUGGACAGGUGCAGUGGAGGCUGUAGAGAAGCAGAUCCUUUCGGAGAACCAAAGCAUCAACGAUUCCUUGAAGGUUCAACUCGGAGAACUUCAAAAGGCACAGGAACGCCACAGGUCGGUCCAAGUGGAAUUGGAAGAGCUCAAGAAUCAACCGCCGCCUCUGCAAACUGAAGCAUCAUCAGAGGCGAAUUCGACUCAAGCUGUUACCCCCACUGCUGUUGCCACCGGUACUGAUUUCGUUGCAGCUGAUGACCAUCAACCACCGAACAGUCAGAAUGGCCAAGUGCAGUCGAAUGGAUUGAUUGUGAGCCCUGGUACGAUGGCCCGGUUGCAAAAGGAGAUUUUGACUGUGGUGGCCUUAGUCCAAGAGAAGAAUGAAGCCAUUCGAUUGUUGAUGACUACCAUUGACAAGCACCGACUCCGGGAGGAAGUCCUCAAGAAAGAGCUGAAGCGAGUGGCUCAAAAGUCCAGCAAGAAAAUCAAGAGCAAAGAUGCCAAAGUCCCAAAACCGCCCAAGUUGGAUCUGAUGAAUAUCCCUCAUGCCAGCAAGGGCAAGGUGCAUGUCGACUCGUCCAAGUCGGGGAGCGGCAAGUCUCCUCAAAAGAAGGUGCGGAAAAGUCAGAGGACCAACACAGCAGAACUAACCGUCAUCUCCGGCGUUGUUGCCGAGGGGGGAAAAACCAGGAAGACCAAGUCUUCGCGUCUUGUGCCUUUCCUUGGGUCAGGAUCGAACCGUGGUUGGUCGUCACUAUAGAUAUGUAGUGAGCUAUCACUGUACCGUAUGAGCUAAGUUCUAUAUUAAAGUGAACAGCAGGAGUUUUUC